AUGCGUGUCUUCAUGGCAAUACCUCUGGUUAGCCUUGCAUACGUACAGCUCAGCAUGUCACAGUCUCUCACCCUUGAUGUUAGAGAAGCUACCAUCUCGUCGCUACAUGCAUCUUUAUUCUCUGGUGCUACAACAUGCCGUGAUAUCGUAAGCUCCUUCAUCGCUCGUAUAGAGCGAUUUAACCCGGAUAUCAACGCCAUUAUUGCGCUCAAUCCAGAUGCCCUCGCUAUUGCCGACUCUCUUGACAUGCGUUUCUCCAGAGGCAACGUUACAGGUGCAUUAUUCUGUAUCCCUAUCCUCCUUAAGGACAACUUUGAUGCGACACCGAUGCCGUCAACAGGAGGCUGUCUCGCUCUUCGAUCAUCUAAGCCCACCCAAGACGCCCCUACUGUGGCAGCUCUCCGCUACGCAGGAGCCGUGAUUCUCGGUAAAGCGAAUCUCCACGAACUAGCUCUCGAAGGCCUUUCCGUGUCCAGUCUCGGCGGGCAGACUUCAAAUCCAUACGAUUUCCAGCGCACAGCGGGCGGCAGUUCUGGAGGCACAGGAGCCGCUAUCGCUGCGUCAUUCGCCGUCUUCGGCACCGGUACAGACACAGUCAAUUCUCUCCGGUCGCCGGCGAGCGCGAACUCUCUCUUCUCUUUCAGGCCCACUCGAGGUCUUAUCUCGCGCGCCGGCGUCAUCCCCGUCUCCUAUACGCAAGAUACCGUCGGUGCGAUAGGUCGGUGUCUCGAGGACAUCGCUACCGCGCUUACAGUGAUGUCGAGCGUUGGGUACGAUCCCCGGGAUAAUGUCACUUCUGCACUACCACCCUCUACUAUCGGGACAGACUAUACUACCUAUCUUACCUCGCUCAACCUCACAGGUACGCGCAUCGGCGUUCUCGAAGGUUUUUUCAACCGUACUGUAACUAAUGAAACUAGCCCUGUCAAUGAGGCCAUGUCUUCGGUCCUCACGCUUCUUCGAUCACAGGGUGCAACUAUCAUCAAUGUCACUGAUACCAUCUAUAACGCCACAGCUAUCUUGGGGACUAUGGACACACAAACGCACGAGUAUCGUGAAGAGCUAACUUCGUACCUUAGUUCUCCAUAUUUAUCAGGCCAUCAACCUCGCAGCAUGUCGGACUUGUACGCCCUUGCGAACAGCACGAGCCCUGAAUACCUUGUGAUCCCAGCCCAGCAUGCCUACAUUAACAGCGCGCUGCGUUCGUCAACAGGGGAUAUAGCCUACCUGGUUAAGCAAUCGCUUAUCGCGAAUCUGACGCGUACCUUGCGCUCGACAUUUCUGUCCAACCGCCUUGGAGCAAUAAUUUAUCCUGAGCAAAAGAACCUCGUUGUGCCCAUCGGCUCCGCGUCGCAGUCUGGCCGGAAUGGAAUCCUGGCCGCAGUCACAGGAAGCCCCGUCGUCACCGUACCCAUUGGGUUUUCGCCCGCCACCGCGUCUGCGCCCAUUGGGAUCCCCAUUGGCAUGGAGAUUCUAGGUUUGCCAUUCACAGAAGGCGGCCUGUUGCAAUUGGCGAAAGCCAUCGACGACCGCCUCCACGCUCGCAGGGCGCCCGUCACCAACGGCCUGGAAGAAAUAGUUGAAAUGUCGACUACGUCUUAUACAUAUGUACCGACGAUCAAGCCGGACACAGGAAACAUCCCUCACGAAUACCCGCUGGGCGUCUAUUGA